AGCGGCAGAAAGCGGCUCCGUGCGGGAGCGUUUCACUCCGGUGUUUUCUGAGGAGCUCUCGAGGCGUCCGUCCGUCCGUUCGGUCGUUCCCGGAGGUGUCGAGGACUGGAGGUCCGAGGCUGCUGCUGCUGCUGCCGGGAGGCUCGGCCGGGAGUCGGGGGUUGGAGCGGUUCAUGACAGCUGUCCAGCAUGAGAGCUUUGUGAGAAGACCUGAGUAUCGACGACGCUUUAACGGGGGAGAUGGAGGAAGCAGAAGGUCACUGUUACUGUGUGGGAUGUGGAGGAAAAAUCCAAGACUCCUUUCACAUCAAAGUCCACCAAGACACUUGGCACAACUCCUGCUUUCAGUGUUCUGAAUGCUGUGACCACCUGAAUAACUGGUACUACGAGAAGGAUGGCAAGCUGUACUGUGGCAAACACUACUGGGAGAAGUUUGGAGAGUUUUGUCACGGCUGCUCUCUGCUCAUGACCGGACCUGCAAUGGUGGCCGGAGAAUACAAGUACCACCCCGAAUGUUUUGUUUGCCUGAGCUGUAGGGUGGUGAUUGAAGACAGGGAUACCUACGCCCUGGUGGAAAGGUCAAAGCUCUACUGUGGAAAGUGCUACAAGCAGGUGAUCCUCACGCCGAUGUUGGAAAAACGCUCGCACGAGUCGGUCCUGGACUCGCUGCCCCACACGGUGACCCUCAUCUCGAUCCCCUCUGCGGCCAAUGGCAAGAGGGGCUUCUCCGUGUCGGUGAUGAGGGACGUCAGCGGGACGGCGAGCGUCCAGGUCAAAGAGGUCAGAGGGAUGCUGAUCAGCCCAGAAGUGCGAAAUGCCAUCCACGUGGGAGACAGGAUCCUGGAGAUCAAUGGCCUACCUGUUGGGACACUAAUGGAGGAGGAGGUGGACGAACUUAUCCACCGUACUAGUCACACGCUGCAGCUGCUGAUAGAGUACGACCCGGUCCGGCAGCGGUUAGACCGGCUGAGACUGGGCUCACCGAGACAGCUGGGCGCGCCGGCCACCUCCCGCAUGCGCCUGUCCUCGCCGCCGGACGCCGUCCUGGAGAGACCGGACGUGGUUGACGACACCACACUCAAGAGGAGAUCUCUGAGACGCAGCAACAGCACGUGUAAAUCCCCCGGACCGAACUCUCCCAGAGAGACGCUCUUCAUCACGCGAGACAUCGGGCGCUCCGAGUCCCUGAGGUCCCCCAACAGCUGCUCUCAUCGCAUUUUCCGACCGUGUGACCUCAUACACGGAGAGAUCCUAGGAAAGGGCUUUUUCGGACAGGCCAUCAAGGUGACUCAUAAAGCCACGGGGGAGGUGAUGGUGAUGAAGGAGCUGAUCCGCUGCGACGAAGAAACCCAGAAAACCUUUCUCAAAGAGGUCAAAGUUAUGCGGAGCCUGGAUCACCCCCACGUCCUGAAGUUCAUCGGCGUGCUCUACAAGGACAAAAGGCUCAAUUUGAUCACCGAGUUUAUUGAGGGCGGCACUUUAAAGGAUUUCAUCAGAGACGUGGACCCGUUUCCAUGGGAGCAAAGGGUGAGCUUCGCAAAGAGCAUCGCGUCUGGCAUGGCUUACCUGCACUCAAUGAGCAUCAUCCACAGGGACCUCAAUUCUCUCAACUGCCUGGUUAAAUUGGACAACACUGUGGUGGUGGCUGACUUUGGGCUGUCCCGACUGAUCGUGGAAGAGAAAGUGAAACCGCCCCCCGAGAAGCCCUCCAAUAAAAAGAGGGUAUUCAGGCGGAUGGACCGGAAGAAGCGAUACACUGUUGUUGGAAACCCUUACUGGAUGGCUCCCGAGAUGCUUAACGGGAAACGCUACGAUGAGAAGGUGGAUAUUUUCUCCUUUGGAAUUGUGCUUUGUGAGAUCAUUGGAAAAGUCUAUGCGGACCCCGAGUGUCUCCCAAGGACACUCGACUUUGGCCUGAAUGUCGGCAAGUUUGUGGAGAAGUUUGUCCCCGAGGACUGCCCUCCGGCGUUCUUCCCUCUGGCCGUGGCGUGCUGCGAUCUCACGCCAGACACCCGUCCAUCUUUCCAGAAGCUGGAGGACUGGUUCGAAGCGCUCUCCCUCAACCAGGAGCUGGGCAUCCCCCUGCCGUCCGAGCUGGACGAACUGCAGCAGCGUCUGAGUCGACUCCACUGGCCUAAAGACGGCUCUCCGGUCCAGAGCUGCACGCCGCCGCCGUCAGCCCCGGCGGCGUCCUCCUCAGACUGUUCCAGUUUGACGGACAGUGGCACCUAGGACCGGCGCCCGUUGGGGCCAUGGUUGUCAUCUGUAAGUCACGGACCAAGUGCAGCAGCUGCAACAAUACUGUGGAUGAAAAAGAGGGAAAAAAAAAUUAAAAUGUAUUGAAACCGAGCCAUUUUUAAACUGGAUAACCUGAGAUAGCUGGACCAAUUACCCCCAGUGGGACUUGAACUCUGCGAGCGCCAGAGAACUGCAACACGAGUGGAAAGACACAUUUCAAAAUGACAAGUGUUAGUUACUAAUUUUCUUCCUGUGCUCAGCCGCCACUCAGCACAUAGGGUUGUUUUCAUUGUUUACCGUGUACAGAGACAAAACACAGCUUCUGUGGACAUUUCCAGAGACUUUCGCUCCCCACAUGGUCUGUAGUUUUGUGUUCCUAACGCUAAAGUUGUUUGUUUUGCCGUGCGUGAAACACACGGUCCUCACUCUAAAAGAGGAGUCGCCUCCUUUCUGUAGCGAAGAAAACAAAAGAUCCCUGACAGUCAGCUGACUGACAUGCUCCAGCAAGCAGAGAGCAGAGCAGAGAGAAAACAGGUGUGCCGCUAAAGGUGGGGUGUGUAGGGUUUAGUGACACCAAGUGGCGCAUUGGCGAACUGCAGCCAAAUGCAUGCCAUGUGUUCUUUUCCCUCCCAAGUCGUUAUGAUGGAUGGCUGAGAGAUCAGCCUGGAUCCUGCACACUGAUCCUCUGAAGCAAAACUAACUGACCCCACAUAGUUUCAUCACACUGUGAUUUGGCACAAGAUGGCGAAGGAGUGUGAGGUUCUUCUAAACCCCACUGGUAUUGUUUGUGGGUAGUGUGGUUCUGUAGUUUGUCGUGCGGUGAUCUUUAAUUUUUUUGUUUUCAUAAUUAUGAACACUAUUCAUAUUUUUUUCUUUCCUGUCAAGCACAGAAAAGGAGAAAGUCUCUUUUGGGGAGUAGUAGUUUCAGGAUCAGAUUUGGAAAAAAAAAAUCUCUGUACAGAAAACUGGACUUGUUUUCUCAAACUUUGUAUAUAAUUGUGUAUAUAUAAUUUGAUUUCAUUUUCUAAUGGGGACUCUCGAUUUGUAGAUUUUUACAUUUGUCAACAAUGGACAUUUUUGCCUUUUUUCUUUGCUAUCAUCAUCCGAGGUACUGACCACCAGUUGUAAACCACUAUUUAUAUCGUAGUAGUGUUUCAUAAAUAAACCAUUUGAAAA